GAGUACGGAGUAGUGGCCAUUGGUUGGGGUGAGUACGGAGUAGUGGCCAUUGGUUGGGAUGAGUACGGAGUAGUGGUCAUUGGUUGGGGUGAGUACGGAGUAGUGGCCAUUGGUUGGGGUGAGUACGGAGUAGUGGCCAUUGGUUGGGGUGAGUACGGAGUAGUGGCCAUUGGUUGGGGUGAGUACGGAGUAGUGACCAUUGGUUGGGAUGAGUACGGAUGGCCAUUGGUUGGGAUGAGUACGGAGUAGUGGCCAUUGGUUGGGAUGAGUACGGAGUAGUGGCCAUUGGUUGGGAUGAGUACGGAGUAGUGGCCAUUGGUUGGGAU